AUGUCUGAUACUCGUAAUGCUUAUCGAAUCUCGAAUCAUACGCGGCCACCUGUGCCUCCAUUUAAUUCGAAUAGUAGUUUUGCAGAUGAACUUCUUUGGAAUCAAAUACUUACCGAACAGUUAUUAAUUAAUGCUACACUACAAGAUUAUGCCUAUGAUAGUGCUACGACUGACAGUGAAUUAGCUCAUGGUACGAUGGGUCGUUCUCCAAAUUUGAUUGCUAAUUAUUCGAUUCGAAAUAGUGCAAAACCGCCGAGUGUUCGACAACAAAUAUUUGAAUAUAUCAAUGCAAUGAAUACUAAAACGAUUGAUUUCGACCAAACACUCUAUGUUAUUCGGGUGGGUAUCAAUAAUUAUAAUUUAAACAAAUCAUUAACACCAUUACAGACGGUGAAAAGUAUUAUUAAAUGUUUGAAUUUUUUGGUACAAGACAGUUAG